AAGGAAGGAAGUUUCGAUUAUGAGAAGGAAAGAAAGGUGACGGACGGGCAGCCAACAAAAACAAUCUCACGGUCUAGACCCUCGCUCGGGUGGACCUACAAACACCCAUACUUAUGUCUGCAUUUUUACUGAGCAAGCACUCGUACGUACGGCUUACCUUACCUAUGGGCCGACCGUCAGCAAAAUAAGAAAUAAGAACCUCCUGGCACGAGCGCACACCAGGGAAACAACCGGCCUGACCCCUUUUACCGAUGCAAGGAGCAAUGGAAAUGUCGCGUUUCCACAUUCUCUCAAGGGACAUGUCCAUCGUAUUAGACAAUCAUAACUCGAGAGAUUCAAACUUCAUGCGAGUAGGCAUCGGAUCCCUCUAUCUGCGAGUGUGGAGCUCAGAGGCGCACCCAGGAAUGAAUAGAGACAGAGUACGGGAACGCGUGUGGCUGGGCGACUGGAGGACGACGUGUGGACUGUCGUGCGCUGCUCUGGGUAAGAAGCCCGUUCCGAGAAGCGCUAGUACUAAGGCGAGGUGGACGCGUGCCAUGGAACCACUCGGGACAUGUAAAGCCGAGAAGGGUAAGUCCUCCAGAACGAGACCCCACUUGGCGGCGACAUGUCCAGUUUGCAAGGGGGAACUUGGGAAAGGAAUGCAAGCCGGGAGCGAUGGGAUGAAUUAAAACUCUCAGCGCGAGGAUUCGCGUCAUCGAUAAAACCUCAAUUACAUAACCCCAGAACAACACUGACAUUGAUAUCUAAUAGG